UAUGGGCACAUAGUGGCUGGCUGGCAUGCUUGCAUGAAGCGAUCCCAGACGGACGGCCACCCCUAUCUCGAUCGCAUCUGCACCAGCAGAGAGAGACACAGCAAGCAAGUUCAUGCUCUGCGCCGGCCGGCCGGCUGCCCGGGCCCUACUACUAGUAGACUGGUGGUGCAAUCCGGCCGCCUAUUUAUAGGCACAGUCGUCAGACGGAACAGCAGCAGUGCCAGCAGGUAGCUAGCGGCAUCACCGUGCAGUAGCAGUAGAGAGGCAGGCAACAAGGCAGGAACAGACCGCCGAUAUAUAGGAUCAUCGAUCGAUGUCUGGGUCGGGCGCCGGCGUUUGGGUGUUCAAGAACGGCGUGAUGCAGCUGGAGCAGCCGGCGGCGGCGAGCCGGAAGGCGCUGGUGUACGUGCCGACGAACGAGGUGGUGCGGUCGGUGGAGGCGCUGGAGCGGCGGCUGGGGACGCUGGGGUGGGAGCGCUACUACGAGAACCGAAGCAUCGUGCAGCUCCACAAGCGCGACGGCGGCGCCGACCUCAUCACCAUCCCGCGCGACUUCGCCAACCUCCGCUCCACCCACAUGUACGACGUCGUCGUCAAGAACCGCGACCACUUCAAGGUCGUCGACGCCUAAUAAGCUCUACCAGCUAGCAGCUAGCUGCACCCAUCCAUCGUCCACGAUCGAUCUUCUUAUCUCGCCAAUUCGGCAUGCAUGCGUUGCGUGUGCCAGCAGUGUACAGCUGCUGAUCGAUAUGCCUGCAGCAGUUAUAUAGCAAGUCUAGCUAUAUAUACUGAAUAUAUACGAACAAACAUAUGCAUAUACAUAUGUAUGUGUGCAGAGUGCGUGUGUGUGUACGCAGGUACAUAUAUAUUGCUUUCGUUUGGCUUGGCUUAAAUUAGUUGCACGUCUAAGAUGAGUUUUUGUGUGUGUGAAAGUGAGAGAUAAAUACGUCUAAUUAGAGGACGAGUUUGUGGGUGUGUGUGUGUGUGUGUGUGUGUGAGAGAGAGAGAGAGAGAGAGAAACUAAACUGCGCGCUAAAUAUUGUACUGAUGUUGUGUUUGGUACUGUAUAUUGCCUUUUGGAUUUUGUUUGUGUGAAAUCAGGCCUUGUUUAGUUCA